CUCGACGUCUAUUCGCCGGACAUCGCGGCGCACCCGCCGCCUCCGGACGGCUUUCCGACGGUUCUCUUUGUGUGCGGCGGCGCGUGGAUGAUCGGUUACCGCAUGUGGGCCUUCCUGUUCGGGUGGGUGCUGCAGCGCAACGGGGUGUUUUGCCUGGCGAUCGACUAG